AUGUGACGCCCUCCAUCACCGUGUCCACUCACCAUACACGAUGCCCACGUGGACAAUGGUGGUGGCGAUACUUGGCCUUCGUAUUUUUCCUUUCGUUCGAACGGCUGUCAUCGAGAAAGCGAACGUCCUCGAGUCACCGAGAGGUUGAAGAAAUCGUUAUUCCAAGGGAUGUUCUACGUCCCUGAGGAUGUUAUUGAUGCAGAGGAAAAGAUACAAGAAAUAAACGAAGUGGCCAUUCCGCCCAAGCCAAAACCGUCGACGAAUUUCCACAGAGAAGGAAAUACCAAGCCGGAAGCAGAUCAAUUCGAAAACUUCGUAACGAUCAAACGGGAGCAAGGUGAGCAUGAAGUCUUGCUCAUAUUUCGAAAACAACGAAAUAAUCUGCUGCUAUUCAUUUUAAAUCUAAUUCCACAUUCGUUGUACGCUUCAGAAUCUAUUGAGUUAAUGAAUAUAAAAAAAGAAUAA